AUGGCGAGCUUGGAUUGUAUGGAGUGGUGUGAUCGAGAGAUCUAGACUUGGAAUCAGUCAAACAUUUUCCAGUUCCCCGGCAAGAUGUGGUUCUCUGCGAGUAUUUUGUUUGUUCUAGGAACACUAACAUUCGUCCAGGGCAACAUGCAGUUCCAUUUCUCCCUGGAUUUCCAUGUGAAGAAGCCACCGAAUUCGACUGAGCUGAUCGACAAGACCAUUAUUGUGAAGAACAAUCAGAUAUCGGUAGUGGACAAUGUGGAGACCUCUACGAAGUCUCCUAUGUCCCAGUGGACUGAUCAGGAUCAGUACAAUCAGGAUACUUUGCAAAAGGUGAUCGAUACACGAGAUUCGGUAAAGCAGCUGAACCAGGAGCUGUCACCCUUAGCGGGCAGAAGUACCGAACUGGCCAAAAGAAUCAAACAGAGUUUGCGUUAUGUCAACGAUGUGGAUGCCACCCUAGAGAAUUUGACCAACUUUGGGCAACUAGUAGAACUGCUCAGUAAGUUCGUUACUCUGGUGGAUAGCCUAAGGGAUCCGAACAUUCUCGGAGGAAUCCGUAGCCUUGAGUAUGUCCUCCUAAAGCUAGCUCUGGAGAAGUAUGAUCUCCCCAACAAACGACAAGAGAUCGGUGAAUAUUUAGAACGAGCGGAGAAUGCCUGGCGAAGAUACCAAAUCACGCAGGUGGUUCUCCUGGAUAACACCACCUGAUCCAAAUUAAUUUGCCUAAGGCCCAGAGACCUUGUUAGGAAUAUAGUUUUAGGAUAGGACAGGACAAAGACCAGCAUCAUUGGAAUAGACAAUCGCCUACACAAUCAUCUACUAGGGCGGCACGACCCUUGAAAGGAAUAAAAGGCAUCGAAGGGACUUCCUGUCUAUUAUUCGGUUUCACUGCAAUGCGCAGAAUUGCUACAGGUACGCCAGGGAACAGAGUUCCAGGGGAAGAAAACCCAAAUCUCCUAUGGUGCUCGAUUUCGUUAGGGCUGGAAAAUACGUUACACACGCUGGGAAUGCCUUUAUAUACUGCGCAAAAAAUAGUUUGUUAAUCGAAAAGUAAGCCUUAUUAUAAGACCUAGAAUUACAAGCAGUCUUAAGUAAAUUUCUUUAAAAAAUACAGUCUUUUACUUUAUUUUAA